AUGGUAUGGUAUGUCAUGCUCUUCUUGCUGAGACACUGCUCGUGCUGGAUCAUGACGACCGUAUCUAGCGGGAGAGCACUGUUCUUCUGUGCGGUAGCCACCUUGGUGGCUGCAACGGGUGCCUUCCAUGCGCCAACAGCGAGCUUCAACGCCAGGAGUAUUAGUGCAAUGGGAACCGCUUCAACAGCGGCCGCCGCCGCCGCAGCAGCAGCAGUAGCACCCUCCGCUUCACAACAACGGCGAAGAGGAGGAGCAACAACCUCGCGUCGUAGUGGCGUGUCCGACCUGAACGCCAGGGCUGACAGUGGUGGCGAGGAAAAGUUUUACACGCCAGCAGACUUGGCAGCGUACAGCAAGCCGUGGGGCAUCACGUUGCACUAUCGCGGGACGCUCAACACAUACCGGAUAGAGGCGCACAGGCCGAACGGCGAGGUCGCUGGUUACACUACGGGCUUCUACCUGGGAGAUCUGUUGCACCUGGACAAAGUGCAAAUUCAGCGAAAGGAAUCCGCGUACGAAGCUGGGGCACCGAACGCGCCGGCUCCCGGCACUCGCGACCUCCCGUGGGCGGAGAAAACGGGCAACUUGUUUCAGCUCGGCGCUGUCUUGGGGUGCGCGGCAGUGCGCUACGGCUGGGAUAGGGGUGCCAGGAGAGUCGAGCUCCUGGCGAUUCGCGACAACGACAAGCAGCACAGCAGACUGGUACGUUAUUACCGGAUAGCUGGCUUCAAAGCGGAGCGCAAGGUCGGGGAGGACCUCGGUAGCCUGAGAGACAGAUUGACUUGGGGGGCGGAGGGCACGCUUAUGGCGGCAUCGGCGGAUGACUUCAUGAGGCGGUGGACGUCCCUCAUGCAGGAGACCAAUGCCAGCGACGAGGAAUCGGAGGCGGCGGCGGCGGCAGCGGCAGCGGCAGAGGCGGCCGCAGUAGAGAAGCUGGAGACUUGGCCCAGCGAGUUGGGAUGA